CUGUGUCAAUGUCAAACAUGACAACUACUCUAUUGGCGAAGCGAAAGUUUUGUUUUUAAUGAAAUCACACCAAGACCAUGGCCUCAUUGGGACGAAAAAAAGCGGCUACUUGACACCAAAAGGAGUGUACUUGGAAGGUUUGAUGGGCGAUUUUUUUUCUAAAUGGCUGCAGAACGAGGGACUUUUGCCACAAAGAUGUCCAGAAAAAGAUGAUGUGUUUGUCUAUGCUAAUUCAAAACAGAGGACUAAAGUUACAGCAAGGGCUUUUGUUUUGAAAGCUUUUCCAAAAUGCAAUGUAACUAUUCAUGUUGGUGAUAAAAGUGAUCCAGUAUUUUCUCCAUUCGUUCAUAAUAAUACAGAUGCAUUCAGGAAAGAAGUUGUAGACAGCAUGCAACAAAUCCUUGAUUCUCUAAAUUUAAAUUCAUCAUAUGAAUUACUAGAAAAUAUUCUUGAUUAUAAAGAUUCAGAUAUAUGUAAAACAAAUCAUAAAUGUGACUUAGAGACGGACAUGAAUAAAAUAAAUGAGAUUGCGGUGGGAAAAAAACCAACAGUAUCUGGACCGUUGAAGAUAUGUAAUACAGCCAUAGAUGCCUUUAAAAUGGAGUAUUACAAUGGUUUUUCACUGCCGGAUGUAGCCUGGGGUGAGUUAAAUAACUCACGAUGGGAAACACUCUCAAAACUAAUGGAAGGAUACCACAAUGUAAUAUUUAACUCUACAAUCCUAGCAAAAGACAUUGCUUUACCUCUAAUAAAGUACAUGAAGGAUAUCUUCAUUAAUAAAAACACGAAAUUCACUUUAUUAAUGGGACAUGAUGCUAAUAUAUUAACAUUUGUAACUGGUAUGAGAUUCAAACCUUACAUUUUGCCAAAUCAGUAUGAAAAGGCACCUAUAGGCGGAAAAAUCGUGUUUCAAAAGUGGUUAAAUACUAAUGGAGAGUAUUUUCUGAGAAUUCAGUAUGUUUAUGCUUCAACAAAUCAGUUGAGAGUUGGUUCUAAACUGAGUUUGGUGAAACCUCCCCAGUUUAAAGUUAUGGAAUUAGAAGACUGCCCGGUGAACAAUGAAGGUUUCUGUCCGUGGGAGACUUUUGAAAAGCUAUUGAGAGAUUUUUAAUUUUUUCAUAAACCCACGUUUAAAAUAGAACAUAUAUAAAAAUACUCAUUUUUAAAUAAAAUAGCAUUAACAAUU